AUUGGCGACAUUUUACUGGUACAGAGAAGCUUUAUGUCAAGGGUUAUAGUGUUCUGCCUUAAUCCUGUUCUAGUUAAGCGCAUAAAACAAGACUUGCAAUUGUUCCUUGAUUAUUGCGCUAGAUCGCCGCUUGAACGUCGAUGAUAAGGGGAUUCAGCACGUGGGCCUACACGUGGGCUCGCACGAAGAUGUAGAUUCGUCUUAGAGGUCAAUCCUGCUGAUACAAUACAGGAAAGCCAUGCAACUAUCUAGUGUACUCGGGACGGCUCAGGUACGGGGAUGUUCUUGUUGAGGAGCUGGGAAUCAUUUAUUAGUUUAAAUAGAUGAUCCCCAUCGCGUUUCCAGGACGUCGGUAAGUCGUAUAGCUGGGUACCCCUUCCUCCAGGUUCAUUUGCCUCCGUAUUGGCCAUGUUUUCCUCUCUAGGUGCUGCUGCCUUCGUGGCUACUUUCGCCGCAUCUGCUCUAGCUUCCAAGCCUCUGGCUACCCAGCCAUGUAGCGACGCUCUUGUCCCUACCCAGAUCCGCCUGGCUUAUGCUGGUGAUAAGGGCAUGGCCGUUAGCUGGAACACAAAUGAGCAGUUGACCAACCCUACUGUGUACUACAAUAAACAUGAGAAGAACGUUCUCAAGAGUUCCGCCAAGUCAAAGAUCUCCACUACCUACCCUACAUCGUCUACUUACAACAACCAUGUUGUCAUCAGCGACCUCAAGCCGGACACCACUUACUACUACAGGCCUCAAUGUGCUACUCAGACGUAUACGUUCACAACUGCGCGUUCCGCGGGCGACAACGACGAGUUCAGCUUUGCCAUGAUCGGUGAUAUGGGUACCUUCGGCCCCGAUGGUCUUAGCACCACAGUUGGAAAGGGCGCCAGCAACCCUCUCAAGCCCGGCGAGCACACCACCAUCGAGUCCUUAACGACGUUCAAGAACAGCUACGACUUUAUCUGGCACGUUGGUGACAUCGCCUACGCCGAUGCCUGGCUCAAGGAGGAGAAAGCGGGAUAUGUCACCCCGCUCAACAAGACCGAUGGCGGCGCCGAGUAUGACAAGAUCCUCAACCAGUUCUACAACCAGACUGAGGGACUCUCGAGCGCUAAGCCCUACAUGGUUGGCCCUGGCAACCAUGAGGCAAACUGCGACAACGGAAGUGACCUGACCAUUUGCUUGCCUGGACAGUUGAAUUUCACCGGCUACCAGGCCCACUGGAACAUGCCCUCCGCGGAGUCCGGCGGCGUCGGAAACUUCUGGUACUCCUUCGACCACGGCUCCGUGCACUUCAUCCAAUUCAACACGGAGACCGACUUCCUCAACGCGCCUGAUGAGCCCGGUGGAGAGGGCGCCGAAAAUGCCGGCCCCUUUGCCGUCUCCGGCGCCCAAAUCGCUUGGCUGAAGAAGGAUCUCGCCUCUGUCAACCGCAAGAAGACUCCCUGGGUAGUCGCUGCAGGACAUCGUCCAUGGUACGUCAGCACGACGGAGUGCAUUGAGUGCCAACUCGCGUUUGAGCCGCUCCUGCUUGAGUAUGGCGUUGAUCUUGUCCUGCACGGGCAUAAGCACUUCUACGAGCGCCACGCAGCGGUCAACAAUGGCACGGCGACGGAGAUUGAGAACAACCCGAAGGCCCCUUGGUAUCUUGUCAACGGCGCUGCGGGCCAUUAUGAUGGCUUGGAUGUUCCGGAUACGCCGUAUGUGUCUACAUCGCGCAAGGUGAUCUCUGCCUACGGAUGGAACUUGUUUACCGUGCAUAACUGCACGCACUUGAGCACGCAGUUCAUUGCAAGCGGGAAUAACACUGUUCUUGAUUCGGCUACUCUGAUCAAGAAACGCUCUUGUAAAUAAGCAAGGGUAGCAUGGAGG